AGGGACUCAAAAUCGAUUUUUCAGCCUGCGAAUAAAGGUAAAUUUUACCACAACUUUUUACAAUGUGUUUCAACGUUCACAACGACCAUAAAUGAACUUGGCGUCUGUUUUUACUGAAUCGGGAUCUUGUAUGACCUGUAAUCUUUGAUUUGACAACAUGAAAACAGCACAAUGCUUCCAUGAAUCCGCUUGAAGAGGCCCGCCGAAAAGUUCGGGAACGGAAAGAACGCGAGCAGGCAGAACGCGACGAGCAGCAGGCGCGAAUCCAGCGUGAGCUCGAAGAGGCUCAACGCUGGAGUCUGAGAAGUUUGAUAACGGUACGUGAAAAUUGAUUUUUUAUUCGAUAAUUUUGAUUUAGAUUUAGUCAGUGUCUAUGUCUUUUGGUUUGACAGGGACAGAGAAGUUUUUGUUUCGUAUUGAAGAACUCGAACAACACCUACAAUUCCUCGUAGUUGUCCGCAUUUUCCAAAAAAUGACGCCAGAUGCUCUGUUGCGGCGGUGCGAACAGGAAUCAGAAUAGGAUGCCGGGCGGUGCAGGCACUUUAUUGCAGGAUGCUGAUUCGACGGGAAACGCCACCAGUCCCGGGGGCAAGGCGCUCUCUGGAGGUGCGAGCAAGGCCGACGGGAGGAACAAAGAUGCAAACAAAAACAACCUGCCGCUUGUGCUUGGCAAGUACGAGGUGCAGCAGGGAAGGGCGGGAGUGCUCGGGGAAGGCUCGUUUUCCGUGGUACAGCGGGGAACUGAUGUGAAUACGGGCAAAGUGGUCGCGGUGAAGACGUACAAGAUCAGCAGUAAAGACACCGCGGAGGACAUGGAAAAUUGCGUCACCAAAUUCAAGAGGCAGAUCGAGGUAAGUGUGAUUCGCUGUGAAAGCAUCACAAAUUUUUCGCGUGACUUUCAUUCUUUGUGUGUGGAUUUGAUUGAUAUCUUGUGCACGAUAAAUUGUCAGUGAUUCGUAUUAAUUUACGUGCAUGGCAAAGAAAAAGAAUCGAAAGGUCGAGAACAUCAAUCUCAGGUCCUCCAAAUGCUGAUGGAACCCCUGGACAAGAAGUUUGUGACCGGCAACACCCAGACCGCCAACCUGCACCACCCGGUUCUCAUGAAGAUCGACCCAAGGAAGUGUUUUCUCGAACUCCUUGAUUUUUCGAAGGACAAGAACGGGAAACCGGGGCCGGACAUGAAAGACGGAAAACUGUAUGUGGUAACGGAGGUGGCGGACUACAGUUUGAAAGACUAUCUCGGGCAGAAAUUAGCGGAGAACGGGACUUUGUCGAGGGAAUCCGUGCGACAAAUCUGCAGGUCGUUUCUGAUCGCUAUGGCCAUGCUGCAUGUGAAAGGUACAAGUUGUUUUUACCUGAAUGUGAACUCGACCUACUUGCAAAUUAAUCAUGUUGGCCAUUUUGUUCAAUUUGUUCUCAGAACAGCCGUGAAUAAGUAUUUUCUGGCAGGUACUAUGAUAAAAGCAAAUCAUGAAACUGCCUAUAUUCAGGUCUUGUCCACCUGGACAUGAAGCCGGAGAACAUCAUGCGCGCUGGCGACUAUCCUGAGUAAAAACGUCCCCACACCAGAGUCAAGAUGGGAAAUCUGCAACACAAAUUUCCAAGCUUUAGGAGCUGCGCAUGACAACUUAACAUCUGCAGUGUAGUGCUGGUUAGCAAGGGAAGCCGCAUGAGAAAGCCAUUUUCUCAUCCUGUCCACAGCAUCACAAAUGCUAAAACACGAUUGGAAAUGUCUGUCAUGGAGAUUGGCGUUACAAAUUUUCGUGUCAUGGCGGAUUUGCAUGACAUUCCUGGGGUUGGAAGUUUGCGAGUUGCGAGUUGGAAGUUUGCGAGAAUCAGAGUAAGGAAUUGUUGGCAAAAAAAGCGAGGCGUUUUUCAGUUGGCAAGUUGGCACAGUAUGGUUGUUGGCAAGUUCGCACUUUAUUUUGUCAUGCAUGACAAACCACUACUAUUUAGCAGUGUCUGUACAAUUUUCCACUCCAUAAUACCCCCGGCCCCGGUGUAUGACUAGUUCUAUAACUAACUGCCUGGUGCCGGUUGCUGCUGCUCGUGCUCGUCGACCUCGUGCGUCCCUUUUCAACAACUUGAUGCAACUACACGCGAUGUUGGACUGCUUUACCCUGCUGUACUUUCGGUGACUGAUGACCGCCUGCGCCGUCUAUGCGGAUGGUGGGCGCAAGGACCUCCACCCGGUGUGCUCGUGGUCCUGGAUUCGACGUCACUAUUUCGGCCGACCUCACGAUAGGUUUGCUCGCGGUCCUCUAUCCUGUGCCUGCUCUUGCCCCACGUCUUGCGCGACUCCUGCUCCUGUUUCUGCUGCGGACUAGAUAAUUCUGGGUGGGACCGCCGCCGAUGUCGCUACCCCUGCCGAUUUUACAAAGGGCCCCCUGACCAAGCAUUGUCCAGUUGCUGCACUUGCUCCACAUAUGCCUCUACGCCUGCUCUCGAUACUACUUUGGAUCCGAUCGGUCGCGAUAUGCCGCUGCGACACAUUCCAGCAUACCAUCAGCGCGGGCUGCUUCCGUGGGGCGACAUCAAUCUCGCCUACGACCAGUGGGGCUCAACCGACCCGCCCCCCCCCUAUUUAAAAAAUUCUAAGUCCAAAAAAAAAAAUUUUUGAUUAUUAGUCUUAGGCACUGCACGUGCGAGGCUCCGUGUAAGUAAUUACUUUCUGAACUUUUAUCUUGUGCUGCUUGGCCGACUUUAUUUCUAUUUACCUUAGCUCGGGGCCGCAUCCCUGUCGCUUUCCUUCGCCUAUUCUCGUUUUCAAAAUUUAAAUAUAUUUCUUUCUACACUUUCUGUUCUCGGUUGCAUUAUAUUGACCCACGCGUGGACCUACUUACUAUUAUUCUUUUGUGGGCCGCACCCCACCACUUAUUUUGCCUACCUCUCCUUGCGGGCCGCAUCCCGCUAUGCUAUCUACUUCCUGACUUUUAUCGUCGGCGCCGGCACUUUUAGUUAACUUUUGAUUUGCCAUUCAUCCGUUGUUCGGGGCCGCAUCCCCACUUUUCGUUCGCCUUUAGCCUUUCAGCUUUGGUGCUGGAUUUCGGGCCGGGUGUCCCUCGUUUUUCCUUUUUUCUAUUUUCUCUUAAUGUAUCCAAGAUUUAUCUUUUCUUGAAGGGCCGCAUCCCUUCUAGUUAUUUUCCUUCAUCAGAUCUCCAGGUAGUUUAUGCGUGAUCCCAGGUUUUCCGACAAAGCACUGUUUUGCAUGCGUCAGGAAAGCCGCCUUGGGUGCUAUGGUACUUGAGGACGUGUUAUAUGUCUUGGGCGCACGUACAUACUAGCCUGCAGGGACGGCGGAGCCGGAAAAAAAUGGCGCAGUAUGGUUGGUUGGUGAGAUCAGAGUUGGGAUAUAGUGGCCGGGAGAUGAUGGUGAUGGCACUUCGGUGUCCGCCUGACCCACCCGCCCUGCGUGCCAAGCCAUCUGCGGCCAUGGUACAAUGGGGGGGCAAAGUGUGUCGCAUUUUGUUUAGCAUGACAUUCCUGGGGUGGGGACGUUUUUACAAAUGAUAGCGACACAUGGAAGGUUAUCGACGUGGAUGGGUGUACCCCGCUCGGCAAGCAGAUCUCCAUUAACGACAGUUCCAUAUCCUUCUCCCCCUGCUACUGCGCUCCGGAGUGGGCCAACUUUCUGAUUGAGGACGGCGACUUUUUGAAAGUGGGGCACCAACUGGACGUGUGGAGCGUGGGCGUGUCGCUCUGUGAGCUGAUCACCCUCGACGCGGUGUUAAAACCGAAGUACGUCUCGAUUUACAGAAACACGGGCUCCCACAGAAAAGCCGGGUUUCUGUUUCUCGAGUGGCUCGCCAACGGAAAGGAGGGGCUGGCACUGGAUCAAUCGGUACUGUAUUGAAUCAAAACGCUGACCACCACCAGAUAUAUCUUUCUGUAGCUCCUAGUCAAGUUAAAAACAAAAACUUUUUUGUUUGUACAACACUGCAAAAAGCAAAAGUUUUUGAGCACAACGACUUGAUUUUCGUGUGCUACAACUAUACCUCUCGUCCGCCACAGAUUUCGAAAUUCGACCCCGAGUUUACGGAUAUGGUGCUGACCCGCAUGCUGAAUAAGAACCCCAUGGCCCGCGUCUCCCUGUAUCCCAGAGAAGAAAGCAGGCAGGUCAUAUUUGUAUAUGCAAGAAUAAACACACCGAAUCAGAAAAAUCUGUCUUGGGCGGCCCCGUAGCAUGCUGUUUAGGAUAUGUCUUUGUUUGUUUGUUUUUGCAUAACAAAUAUGACCUGCCUUUUUUUUUCUGUGGGAUACCCUGGCCGACAUGCUGAAUCAUAACUACGUGAAGGACUGCAUCGUGCCCGGCCUGGAUACGACGAUCGACAAGAAGCAGGAGCACCUGGGCGACAAGGAAAAGGUGAAAAAGCACCGGUUGGAGCGCUUGGAGGUGAAGGAGACCGACCAGCCACCGCUGAUCAAGGGCGUCUUGUGGAAACUGAACUCGGACGGGGACAAGGAAAACGUGGAGCACUGGCUGCGACGGGACGUGUGGCUCGACUGCAAGGGCAACCUGUGUAUGCAUUGCAAAUAUGUCUGGGUCUGGAAGGCUGUAACUUGUGAUGCUACCUGUACCUUUGCACUCUACAUAAGAUCUGUAUUGCAUGAAAAGCAAAUAAAGAGGUGCGCUUUUUGCUACGCGGGGAGAGAAUUUCUCAUGCGGUACGAGCAUCAAGGAGCCCUCGCAGAAUCUCUGAUGCUAGGGCAUGCAUUACAGACAUCAGUGGUCAUGCAAAAUAUGCAUGACAAUCCUGGCACUUUUCCAGACCCAGACAUUUUUGCACUUUGUACUGUGCUACUACUCCCAGAAAAAGAACAAGCGGCUGGUGAUCCUGGACGUGAAGCACCUGGCCACCGCGAAACUGAGCAAGACCGGGGAGAAGUCGGUCGACAGUCUGAAAUGCGCGUUGCCGCACGUCAUCUGCGUCGACUUCGUUUUGGAAGAGUCCGAACUGUCCGACGAAACCAAAAACAUAUUGAAAGGAAAAAAUUCCCCUCCCCACAUUGAAAAGGUAUGUUUCCGAAAAUCUGUGUUGCUGAUUUGAGGCCACAAAUCACAUUUGUCUUGCAAGAUGGCAACGCCACAGGUUCCGCCGCAUUUUGCAGGCGGUUCGUCAUGCUGUUGGGCCUACAGCGCAGACGCUUGUCAUGCUAAGCGCCUAGGCCAAAGCCUCUCUACCCAGGCUUGAUAUGGGCGCGCAGUCCUCUCCAGCAAGACAAAUUUGAUUUGUGUACACAGAUCCAGCAUCAGAAAUUCCGUUUUGAUAUGGGGCGGGGGGAUUUUUCCUUUCGAUAAAACGCGCACGAAACCCAGUACUACGCGGCCGAGAGUCACGAGGAGUUGAAAAAGUGGUGCAAGGCGUAUAACCUGCUCAGGUGUUACAAUCUCAAACGUUACAAUAGAGUCUGGAACUUGUGAAGCAAGAAGUGCAUUAUCUGGCCAACUCUCAUAGGAUUGCGCAUGACAAGUUCUGGAGUCCCAAUCCGCACUACGAUCUGGCGAAAUUUGUAUUGCAAAAAGUGGAAUGCUGUCCGAGUCUGUCAUGCUCAUCAUGCAAUAUAAGACCAAGACUCUAUUGAAAAGUUUGAGAUUGUAACGUUUGAGCAGGUCAUAAAGCGCUCGAGAACGUGAUCCAGAACCCGGACAAGUUUGACGUCACCGACGGGCUGGCUGGAAAUCAGAAGGUGCACGUGUCGGCUAUGGCCCGCUCAGGUGUUACAAUCUCAUCAAGUCGGUUCUUACCAUAGAGUCUGGAAUAAAUCUGUGAUGCAAGAAGAAGUGCAUGAAGAUCUAGUUGUAGCCAGGUUUCACAGGAUUGCGCAUGACAAGUUCUGGAGUUCCAAAUCGCGCCAGAAUCUCCUUGAGAAAUUUGUAUUGCAGAGAGCGGAAGAACUCGUCUCUGCGAGUCUGUCGUGCUCAUCAUGCAGGACAAAUUCCAAACUCUAUCGUUGUAACGCUAUAAGAUUGUAACACCUGAGCGAGUUAUAUCGGCCAGCAUGGUAGAGGAGUUCCGGGAACUGCGGAAAAUGCGGAACCGAAGAGAAAAGAUCGAUAACCACCCGCAGUACCAACCAGUUUUUGAGAAGGAGUUGUGGAAACUGAAUUCGGACGGUACCUGAAUUUUUCAGGCUAAGGUUUGUGAUGUCAACACUGAUUGUCAGAUUGCAUUGGCUGUUGUUUUCUUAUCCGGUUUCCACUCUGUGUUGAUAAUUCAUUUUCACUUCGAUCACAGGUGACGCGCUCCAGGAGACCGACUGGACCUUCCGAAAGAUGUGGCUCGCAAAGAACGGCGCGCUGUGCUAUUUCAGCAAGAAGGAAAACAAGGAGCUGAUGUACUACCGCCCGGAGGACAUCCGGCAGGUAACCUACCGAAAGUUGAAGUACCCCCAGGAGUGCUGCCGACCGCACGCGUUUGAGCUGGCCCUGAAAACCAGCGGGGAUAAGGAGCUGGAAUUCGCCCCCGGAGUGUUCGCGGCAGAGGAGGAGAGCGUGAUGGCGAUCAUCUUGGGGUGCAUCGAAAAGUACCAGAAAAUCAAAAACUCCGCAACCAGCAGCUGAACCACGAUAGGCCGGCGUAUUUGAAUCAUAAAGCGGUUCUUUGCUCAUCUCAGCACGUGCUGAUGGAGGAUUUAUUUUUCCGGUAUCAUGUUGAACAAGUCGUUCACUUCUGUUUUUGGUGCGAAAAAAUUACGAUAUCACGACAGAUUUAUGUCUGUGCACGCGACAGAACAAUUAGAGGAAUAGAAGAAAAAAACUUACUGAAGUACUAGAAGACUCUUUCGUUUGGGAAAUCAUAUUUAUAGCCAAACUAUCGAAAUGCGAAUUUUUACCAAAGACAACCUCUGGCUCGGACAGUACUACUUAGGAAGGUUUCUUAACGCAUGUAGCACUUUUUUAUCCGUUUCACACCCAGCCACGUCCGCAAAGGAUAGACCAGAAUUGUUCAUUGUAUGCUAUUGCUGUAAAAAUUUAUUUUCUAACAUCGGUGGAGACUCAGAAGGUUUUCAGAAAUACCAGAACAGAGGUAGUACAAUUUUACCCAGAAGAAAACAUGCAAAAUGUGAGUCUACUACAAGUACAAACGACUAUACAUAGACGAUGAGAAUCAAUCCUGAAGGUCCCACAACAUAUCGUGGUGCGUAGUAGGACCAACAACAUGAUGAGGUGCAAUUUGGGUCGCAAGUGAUAGACAUCGAAAUGGAAAUUGCAUAUGCGGAUCGAAGACAUAUUAUGUUUAUCUUGUAACUGUGGCUAAUUGCGAGGAUUACAACCACGG